GUGAGGAAAGAUCACAUGAUAUAGUAAGGAGCUGUCAAAUAAACAUUGCCCAACACAUAGCUGUUUCAAUAGUAACAGCGUUCGUGUUUAUUUUUCUACAGAUUGACAUAUUAUGAACAGACUGCAUAUCAGCCUAAAUGAGCGUUUUGUGCUAAGAACACGCGGUUUGUAGGAGAGCAGCGUGAUGGAGGAGAGAUAGAGAUCUGCUGUCACCUACACACUGAGUGUACACUAUUAAUACACGCACAGUGGAUGUGAUGCAUUGGCUGUGACCUCCUCCUCUUCAUGCAUAUAGAUCCUCCUCCUAACCAGGAGCGGCAAGUUGUCCAGAGAAAGUGUCUUUGAGUGGUGGCUGUGUUAGAGAUGUACUCGCCACAGAGGAAGGACUUUGUCUCUCUGACGCUGGGAGACCAACACAGCCACAACUACACCAACGGCAAGCACCGGAGACAGUCCUGCUGGAGGAAAUGGAAGCAGCUCUCUCGGCUUCAGCGCAGCCUGAUUCUUUUCCUGCUGGCCUUCCUGUUCAUCUGCGGGAUUCUUUCCUAUCCCAGCCUGACGGAGCAGUGGAGAGGACUCACUGAUAGAUCGUUGAAGGAGGACUGGGUUGAAAUGGAUAACCAAGGUCUCAGGCCCAUUCCUCCUGGCUUCGUCCCAAAGCUCCCACCAGGAGUUGUCCCGGGGGUCCAGGACAUCCCACCAGAAGUGAUGCCGGAAAUUCAAAGACCAAGCAUCCCAUUGCUUCCCAAACCUCCAGCUAUGAGGAAGCCCCCUAGCAAGCGUGGUCCUCCAGCUCUACAGAAGCGAGGGAAAGUGUCAGACUGGCAGGUGAAAGAUGGAGAAGAAGCCACGAUCAAGAGGGAUGAAGAUGGAGGGAAAGAAGCAAAAACACUCAUUAGCUGGCGCGGGGCGAUGAUCGAGGCGGAGCAGGGGACGGAGCUUCAGUCUACUGCACAUGAAAAAGAAGGAACCGUGGCUGAUGCCGAGGAUUCUGCCAACUUAAAACCAGUGAAGGCUGUGGAUCGUGUGGAGGCGGUGCGGGAGGCCUUCAGGCACGCGUGGAAGGGCUAUAAGGCUUUCGCGUGGGGUCAUGAUGAACUGAAGCCCAUAUCUAAGACCCAUGGAGAGUGGUUUGGCCUGGGCCUCACUCUCAUAGAUGCACUGGACACCAUGUGGAUCUUGGGACUGAAAGACGAGUUUGCCGAGGCCAAGAAGUGGGUUGAGACAGAAUUGUCCUUUUCCAAGAAUGUGGAUGUAAAUCUUUUUGAGAGUACCAUCCGUGUAUUGGGGGGUCUCUUGAGCACAUACCACCUGACCGAAGACACUCUCUUCCUGGAUAAAGCUAAAGACAUUGGGUCCAGAUUAAUGCCUGCCUUCAAAACCCCAUCUAAAAUCCCCUACUCUGACGUGAACAUUGGUAAAGGAACUGCUCACCCUCCACGCUGGACCACAGACAGCACAGUCGCAGAGGUGACCAGCAUUCAGCUGGAGUUCAGAGAGCUCAGCCGACUCACAAAGGACCCGCAGUACCAGGUACUUUAUUUUUUUAUUAUUGUAAAUGUACAUGGAUUGGAGGGAAAGCGUGAUGGUCUGGUGCCAAUGUUCAUCAACACAAAUAGUGGGAAAUUCACACGUCGAGGGGCCUUUACGCUGGGGGCCCGUGCAGACAGCUACUACGAGUACCUGCUCAAACAAUGGCUACAGGGUGGCAAGAAAGAAACUGAGCUGCUGGAGGACUAUCUUCAGGCUAUAGAAGGUGUCAGAAAGAAUCUCUUGAGACAGACCUCUCCUAGUAAACUGACCUUUGUUGGGGAGCUGUCCAACGGCCGUCUCAAUCCCAAAAUGGAUCAUUUGGUGUGUUUUCUUCCUGGCACGCUGGCUCUCGGUGCUCACAACGGCCUGCCCGCUGAUCACAUGGAGCUGGCUCUGCAGUUGAUGGAGACAUGCCAUCAGAUGUAUGCACAGAUGGAGACGGGCCUGAGCCCAGAGAUCGCUCACUUUAACCUGCAGUCCAGCAACGGACGGGACAUCGAUGUGAAGCCUGCAGACAGACACAACUUGCUGAGACCUGAGACCGUUGAGAGUCUGCUCUACAUGUACAGAUUCACCAACGACAGCAAAUACAGGGACUGGGGUUGGGACAUACUGCAAAAUUUCAACAAGUACACCAGAGUCCCCAGCGGGGGCUACACCUCCAUAGGUAACGUCCGUGACCCAUUGAACCCUGCGCCCAGAGAUAAGAUGGAGAGUUUCUUCCUGGGUGAGACGCUAAAGUAUCUCUUCCUCCUGUUCUCUGAUGACAACGAGCUGAUCAGUCUGGAUAAGUAUGUGUUCAACACCGAGGCCCAUCCGCUGCCAAUAUGGCCCUCCACCUUGUCAGGGCGGAGCCCAGAAUUAAGCUAAUCCUCACUUGUAGUGAUGCAGGCUUCCAAAGGAAUUGACCCCUCAGAGUUUCUCUGCAGGAAUGAUUCUGAUCUAAACUGAGUUGGCAGGUUACGCACCAAUAUUUAACUGUGCAUUUGAGAAUUAUUCAAAUGCGGUGCCGCUCUUUAUUCACCCAGAAGAUUUGGAUUUGGAUCGGUUUUAUGGUUGGUGAAGUAUCACAAAUAUAGUUUUCACUUUAUACUUUACAAGACUUCAUUUACCUUUGAGCUCAUGGGACGCCUGAAAAGUGUGACACUUUUGCAUGUUGGACAAGCCCAUUCAGCUGCCGCAGUGUUUAGAUGUUCCAUCUUCCAUAUUUGGGAAAGAAACAUUGGUGUCAGAGUGCCGUAAAUCACACGGCAGACUGCUGAAAUCACACACUGUGAAAAACAUCAAGCACUUUGUAAAAUGAAGACUUUUUUACAUUGUUCUUUGUAUGCGUACAGAGGGAUGCUCUCUAUGUGAGUGGCUCGCCUUUAUUUUUGCAGGCUGUUACAAAAGGACUAUACGUGUCAAUUUCUAAAUGUUUCCCUUUUGUGAGAGUCAGGAUGCAUUAGGGAACAAAUGAGUACUUUACAGAUCAUCAUCUUAAGAUUUAUUUGGGAACCCUCUGGGAUUGUGUAUUUUUCUGUUAUUUAUAUUGACUUUAGUGUGCGUACUUCAGUGAAUGCUAAUGAUUUGAUGUAGUGGAUGCCGCCCGAAGCCCUGCUUGAAUUGCUGUGCUGUAGAUUUACUUUAUUAUUUACAAAUUUUGGAAGCUGUUGGAUGCUACAUUUAGCAGAACUGCAUUCAGAUGUGUAUACAUGUUCAUUGAUUCAUUCAAAUUUCACAGCAAAACUACACUGAAAACAUUGUUUGAAGGAUAAACUGUGUCUGAUCAAUAGUCAA